AUGGGUGGAGCAGGGGUUGGCGGGUCUCUGAGCCCCAGCCGUGUUGGGCUCAGGGACCACACGCUGGGCAGGCGACCACGUUCUGCCUCCCCGAGAGCCGGGGAAGGCAGGGAGGAGCGAAGCCGAGCAAAUCCUGGCCCCAGUGCACCCAGCGGACGGAGCCCGCGGUCGUCCGCUGGCCGCCCCUCUCCAUCCCUCCGCGGUCCCCGCCCUUACCUCUGCGCGCGAGGGUGCCGACUGCGGAGGGUACUGGGGAGCCGCGAGGUGUCUCCCAGCCGGGCUCAGUGGCGGUCAGCGACAGCAGGGUCGCCCGCGGAGCCGCUGCUCAUGGCUUGCCGUGCCGGGAGCACUGCGCCCGCGGCCGCCGCGGCGCCUUCCUCCAGGUCCUCUUCGCGGGCUCCGAGCCGGGACGCAGCUAACGCCCGGGCCCCGCAGCCCUCCCCUCUCCACCUCCCCCGGGCGACGGUGCCGCCCCCAGCACCGCCCCGCACGCCGCCUGGCCAGCGGCAGCCAGCGCCGCCCAGCGUCGGGCCCGGGGGUCGCCGCCGCCGCCGCCGCCGCAGCCCGUCAGCCCCGCGGUCCCAGCCCCGCUGUGACGCAGGGCGCCGUGCCGGGCGCUUCCUCCCCUGCAGAGACCACCCUGCGCCAGCGACCUGCCGGAACCCCCACGUGCCGGGAGAGGGACAGCCGGGCUUUCUGAUCUCCGGGCAGCAGGAUCCCGGGACGCUGAUGUUAAAUGCGCUGCCUCUAAGUUCAUGAUGUGCAUGAAGGAGUUGACCGUGCCCGUCAAAACCACCUGUGGUGUAAGAGUAUGGGGGAGAGGUUCUUUCUUAUUGCUCUGAACCGUGCUUUUCUUCUCCACACUCCCCUACCGAAUUUCAGGAUGCAAAAGCAAACUCUGCCUUCUUGAAAGCAGCCAACAAUCUAUAUGGAAAAAUGUACAGACAAGAUUACUAAAUAAUAUAAAGCAUUCCAGGAUGCCUCAUCAAUACCAGCCAUUUUACAAGCUCCAAAAAUUAAAAACUGCUCUGUUCUGGCAACCAGGAAAAGACUGAUGUACACAAAUAGAGCAAUUAAUAGAUGAGUAACGUCUUUCACUGGU